AUGGAUACAGUAGAGACAAUAUGGCAGGAGUUGAAUCAGGCAAGCGGUUGCAGGAGUUCCGGGGGCCGAUCUCCUUUAUCCAGUUUCCAGAUACCCAAAAGGAGAACAAAAUGCCCCAUGCAACCUAAAAUAUUCAAUGUUUACCGGACGCUGGGUGUCUCGUCACAGAAGACAUCAAACUCACUCCCUAUCCAAGAGGGUUUUGAGGAGAGGGGAGCUGAGGGCGGUUCCGCAUCUGCACAUGAGAACAAGAGGAUCUACAAAGUCGACUCCUGGCAGUUUGUAGCGAGUACGGUGCAGCGGCAAGUUAAUACCCUGAAGGAAGAGUGCAACAAUGCUAAGAGAUAUAAUGCUCUGGAAACCCUCAAGGACAUCUUCGUAGAGGCCGCUGUGCCAAAUAUUUUCUACGACCGAGCUUUCCCUCUAUUACUUGACCCCUUCCUGCUGUGCCUUUCGGAACCGUCUGAGGCAGCCCGGUAUAUGGCAGCUUGCUUGCUCCUGAAGUUUUUGACUGAAGUGGCAGAGGUUGACGCAGUCCUUGGGGACGUUCUCCGAGGGUUGGUUUCGCGAUUUGGCUCCAGAGACAUCGAAGGAGUCGCACAUCUGCCUCCUAUAAUGCGCCCAACGCCCGAGUAUAAGCCUUUGCAGUUGGUGCCUGUAGAAAAAAGUGAAGAAGUCCGGCGAACUUUGCUUCAAGUCCUCCAAACCGUGCUUAAUCGGACAUCGGACAAAUCAACUUGGGACCACCUAGACUUGAUUACCGGUCUUAUUCGUGCGACAACAAUGGAUCUCUGCCACGAGAUCAAAUUUGCUGCGCUGCAAAUUCUUGUCGACUUUUUCGAUCGCCAUCAAAGUAUGCUGCUCCACUUCACCGAACCGGUAGCUAGGUCAAUUCUUUCAUGUCUUGUACACCAACAUGCUAGGAUCCGUAUGGGAGCUCUUAGAGCGUUGACUCAUGUGCUGGCUUGUGGAUUGUACAAGUACAAUGGCGACAUAAUUCAGAUGCUCGCGGGGUGGCGUGAUCCAAACAUUGUCCCAAUCAAAGCACUGUAUGAACCAACAACAGUCCGUAACUAUUUCGCAGAGCUGCUGGCAGAUCAAUCGCCUAUGGUCCGUAUGUUUUUCUUUGACACAGUAGCACGGUGGCUAUUCGAAUUUAAGGACAAGGCAGACUACGAAACUUGGCUGUUCCCGUACCUUCUAAGUGGGCUAUUUGACUCGUUCAGACCCAUUCAGCAGCUGGUAUUUCGACUUUUGGAGCUUCUUGGUAAACAGUAUGAAGACACACACGAGAAAGACCUUCGCGAUAUUAAGCAGCUUGGAACUCCUGAACCUUGGAGCUACGGGGGACGAGCCUGCCUUACUUUCCCUUUAGGAGGCUACUGGGAUGCGGCUGAAGGGAGCAAAGCGCUUGAGGAGAGAGAACAAUUCGUGUCGUUUGUUGCCACAUACACAGAACGUUUGCACUCUUUGGGCUUUGACGGAUACUCUCUGUCAGAGGCCCAAACAGAAAGGUUCGCCACAGCGGGCGACGCACUCGUAGGUGAUCCACCGAGACCCUGCCUUGGAACGCGUAUGAUGGUUAGAACGUAUUUUAGACGUUAUGCAAACACACUCUUCCAGCAUGUGGAGGACUUCAAAGAAGUUACAAUGGCUGCUUCCGCUCGCUUGAUGGCGAUUUCCCUCGCCUUCAUAGAGGAAGCAUGUGUAGAAUGGCUGGACAGCAUCUUGACGAUUUGCUGCCGAGUCCUUCCCGUGUCACACCACAUGUGCCUGGAGGCGGUGGAAGCAUAUAAAGUGGCUGUACGCCUAGUAGGAGCUUUCGUAGACCCUGAAAUCUACUGGGAUUUUGUGAAAGGCGCUCUCGAACAGUCCAGUUUGGAGGAGGCUCAUGAUAGAGUUGCGAAGGUUGGCUUGCUGGCACUAAUGCUAGAAGGCUCAUUUGCGGUCCUUCAGAAAGCCUCUGGUUCGACUCUGGGCUUGGGUCGUCUUAAGCCAGUACUGCCCAAGAUUGCGGAAGCACUCUAUUACACAGAGCUUCUACAGGAGGAAUACAUCAGCUUUUCUGCUGAAAGCGUGACCAAGGUUCUUCAAGUCCUGAUACCCGCUGCAGUUCGGCAGCAAGAAAAACUAUCGUUGACGACGUGGCAUCAUCUACUAGGCGUCAUCUGCUCUCUUGCCUCUCCAGAUAGUACUGAACUAGAAACUGCCAAUAAUACCCCUUUGGCUCCACACCUCCAAGAUCUACUUGACAACUUGGCUAUUUGCAACGGGUUCGCAAGCAAUGGAUUUUCUGCCCAGAAGGAAGUGGGAAACCUGUGGCACUUGGUUGAAAUAUCCGACGGCUUUAUGCCAACCAAUUUGGCAGCGCUGAACACAUAUGUACGGUAUUUGCCGUGCACACGCAUUCGUGAAGAGAGGACGUUCGAACUUAUCUUUGCGAAGCUGCAGGAGCUUUCUGCAGCAACACAAAAGGCUGCAACCAGAAGAGGAGCUAGGCGGACAGCUUUGAGGCUUAUCAAGAGGCUGAUAUUGGAAACCCCACUGAAUGGCCAGUUAAACGACAUUCACGAGAGCACUUCAUCUGAUCAAACUACCGAGAUAAACUACGAGCCCCCAGCUUUAAAAGGUUGCUUUAAGUUGGACAAUUCGGCAAUGCAGGAAGCUACAGAAGUACUGAGUAAUGCCAAAGGGCCAGACAAGCUGGUGAAAAUGUCGGAAGUCCAGGAUCAACUCAUGAAGUCCCCAAUACAAGCGGCAGCGAAGAUACUGACUGGUAUACUGCUUAAUAAACUGAGUCAGUUGGACUUCCUCGACGAUUUGGAAGAUACCUUAGUAGCCUUGACGGAGUUUUUGACUCUUCCGCUGUCCGCAAGUUGUACAAUUCCGGCGUCUCUGCAAGAAACGUUGGAAACAUCAGGAUUUGUUACAGCCUUGGGUCAGUUCCUGCAAGACCCUUCUCUGCACAGGCGACUGUUUUGCCUUGCUUGUGAAGCGUAUGCACAUGAAUGCGCUACCAAAUACCCUGACAAGCAGCCUGCUACGGUCUUGGAGGACUUGCCACUGGGGAAACGCCGAGAGCUACGGUUAUCUUCAAUUAGGGCUGCGGCAGCUCUCAAGGAGCAUGCUGUGCUUUUGAUGAAAGUCUCUUUGCCAGUAGCGGCCAAAAGCGUCGGAAGCCUCAGAUGCUUAGUGAACUCGUUAAUUGAGUCACUUCAUCCUGCUAACAAGCUUCAGAAGCGUCACGCAGUGCGUAUGGGAGAAAAUUGCCAUGCCUCCUGGAGUAAAACAUGCUCUUGCGAAGCUGAAAUGAGCCUAGUUGACACUUCGGACCAGCUUGGAGGAGAAAAAUGUGCGGCGGCGGAUGAAACGACUGGAAAAAGAGAGAAUCAGGGCGCCGUUCAGUGCACAUCGUCCCUGCCGUUUCAACCCCAAAGCCAUUGGCUUCUCUUUCAAAUUGCCAGCUGCCUUUGGGAUGCAAUAAAUAUGGCAAUAUCUUGCAACGUUGAUUUAGACAACAGAGACGCGGGCACCGACAAACGCCCUGCUUCUUGCCAAUGCCAGUCAUUAAUAAUGCCGCGAGUUUGGCAUUUUCCAGCACACAGCCAUCUUCAGCUUGAAAGAGCAGGCCGAUUUCUUCUUGAGCUGUGUACAGAGUCUGAGCUAAGUGGGGCAAUCGACAGUUGCGUUAGGCAGAUUGUCGAACUUCAGGGGCCCAUGCAGUCUGAUUCCAAGUUGAGCACGGAGAAAUUCGAAAAAGACUCAAGACGCUGCUGGGAAGCGAACCCAAACCUGGGUCAGGCAGUUACAAUGGCCAAAAAGCAGAUAAACACUGUACCUGCUGAAAUGCAAAAGGAACAGGCAGUACUUGCCCUUAUCCAUCUCGUACGGCUGCUUGGUAGCGUCUGCCCCAGCGCUAUCAAGGAAUGCAUAAUGCAGUAUGACUCCAGGGGACGCUUCAGCCGGCGUGAAGUUUUGACGCAGCUGCUGAACGACCCCACCGCCACCUCAUGCGGUUUUACAAAAUAA